UUUAAGACGAGAGAAAAAGAACUAGAUGAUCAAAUGAACCAAGUUCUUGGAUUUCAAACUAAAUAUCAUCAUUUGCACAACAAGUUUUAUCUGUCAAAUACAAAUGACAGUGACGAAGAAUUUGAGAAGUUGAGAUACGCAAUUUACGAGACCGCACGGAAAAUGGAAAAUUGGGGUAAAGGUUUUCCGUUAAAAUGGAUUCUUUUAGAACAUCUGAUUGAAAUAAAUUAGAACAAUGGAAAAAAUUUCAUCAACUUUACUGAAAUGUCAAAUCUGGCUAAACAUCCUGAUAUCAAUAUUCUAGAAAAGGAGGAUUUGUUGUUGUUUCUUCGAUUUCAGCAUACUGUAGGGAACAUUAUUUUCUUUGAAAAUAUACUGGAUUUGAUCAUAUUAAGGCCUCAGUGGUUAGCAGAUGCUUUCCGAUGUUUAGUCUCAGACAGAGUGGACAACCGAAGAUUGCAUCACCUUGAGGACUGGACGCUGUUUAAAAAACAAGGCAAAAUAAGUGAAUCAUUGAUAAAAGAACUCUUCGAAUCAAAAGAUGGAAGUCAAUUUUCAGGACAGAAAAAUAAUUUAUACAAAGUUAUGGAACAACUGGACAUACUAGUUAAAAUUGAGAACUCAAGUUAUUAUAUAAUGCCUAGUGCAAUGCCGUCUUCCACGUUUGACGUUGUAUGUGACAAAUUUGGCAUUCUUACACAAAAUUGUAAAAAAACUUCUUGGCUUUGUUUUAAAUUUGAAUUUCUUCCACCUUCUUUCUUUAAUCAUCUAUCUGCCUGGUUUAUAAGAAACUACAACCCUAGCAAGGUAGAGGGGGGUAUUGCAUUAUACCGUGGAAUUUGUAUGUUUGACAUUGAUCGAUCUGGUGGUACAAAGAUUAUAGUUACCAUGUCGACUGAUACAAUUGCUCUCCAGGUUGUGACGUUUUCCGAACAUCAUGCGGGAUUCGGAAGCGCUUGUAGCAAUAUAUACAUUAAGGUAUCCCGUCUAUUUGAAGAUAUAAAACAGAGGUAUAGGGUGAUACUGUCUUUUAAACUUCAUUUCCAAUGCAGUGAUGGCUCUUAUUUUCAAGACAUAUUUGAAUAUGAGAAAUUAACAGUUGAGAAGGAGUUUUUCUGUAUUCAGCAUAAACAAAUGCAUCGAUCUGACCACAUAUUUUUACCUUGGAUGAAUAAUGAGGUUAAAGAGAUUCUCGACAGAGCGAAAAUUAACACUACACAGGAUGACCAAAAUCCAGAAAAUGAACCAAACAAAGAAGAAGCUCAGGAUCAAACACCUGUCAAGACCAACCUUCCUGUUUCUGUCAAUUUGCGUCAACAGAUUAAUAUAAAACAGUCAACGAAUGAAGAUCAGGUCAUUUUUAGCUGUAAAAAAACAGGCAAUACAUUAGUGUUCAGCGACUUAUACAAUAAACAACUUAUUAUUUGUAAUUCAGACGGUACUGAUAUCCAUCACAUUCCUCUGUCCUAUAAACCAGGUUAUAUAACAAAGAUAGAUAGUAAUACUGUAGCAGUAUCCUGUGAUGACAAAACCAUACUGAUAAUAAAUAUAUCUACACGUUCUGUCACCAGUACAAUCAACACCAGUAGUUACUGCUGGGGAAUAUCAUAUAAUGAUAAUAACCUGUACGUUGAUAUUGAUCAGAGUAUAAUACAUGUGAUGAACCUGACAGGUAAAGUAAUACGUACUAUACCGGUACCUUCAGACGAUAUCCGCGACAUUACAGUAGACAGAGACAGGUUGGUCUGUAUAGACAAAACAUCAAUAUACUGCUGCUCGUUAGAAGGAAAAGUAAUGUGGAAAUUUAAAAAGGAUGAAAUUCAAGAUUUACGUCGUGUGACAACAGAUGAUGAGGGGAAUGUUUAUGUGACUGAUUGGAGGAAAGACAUUGUAGUAGUUGUAUGA